AUGGAGGUUUUAAGCCUUUCUCCAGAGAUCCACUGCUUCUCAGAAUUACUUGACUGCAGCGAUGGUGACGGAGAGGAAAUACUAGUAUGUGGAGAUGAUUUUGAGCUUAAUCCUUUUGAUGGCUUGCCUUACUCUUCCCGUUACUAUAAACUCCUGAAGGAAAGAGAAGAACUCCCAGUAUGGAAAGAGAAACAGACUUUUCGGGAAAGUUUGCUUCACAAUCAAAUUGUGAUUGUGUCAGGACAUGCUAAGACUGGCAAGAGCUCCCAGAUCCCUCAGUGGUGUGCUGAGUACUGCCUCUCUGCCCACUAUCAACACGGUGUAGUUGUAUGCACCCAGGUUCACAAGCAGACAGCGGUGAGGCUGGCACUGCGUGUAGCUGAUGAAAUGGAUGUCAAUGUUGGCCAUGAAGUGGGGUAUUUCAUCCCGUUUGAAAGCUGCUGUACAACAGAAACUAUCCUGAGAUACUGUACAGAUGAUGUACUACAAAGGGAAAUGAUGUCUACGCCUCUUCUGAACUGUUACGGUGUUAUCAUCUUGGAUGAUGUGCAUGAAAGAACUGUUGCAACAGAUGCAUUACUUGCUCUCCUUAAAGAUGUCUUGCUAUCAAGACCAGAGCUAAGGCUGGUGAUACUCACUGCCCCUCACAUGUCCAGCAAACUGCAACAAUAUUAUGGCAGCGUCCCCCUCAUAAGAGUGGAAAGCAAACACCAAGCAGAGGUUGUCUACUCUUGCAGCAUUCAGAAAGACCCCUUUCUGUCUGCACUAAGACUGCUCUUUGAGAUACACCAUUCAAAAGAGAAGGGAGACAUUGUCAUCUUUCUGGCAUGUGAGCAAGAAAUAGACAAAGCUCACCAAAUGAUCAAGCAGGAGCAGUCCAAUCUAAACCCUGACCUCGGAGAACUCAUCCCAGUUCCUCUAUAUCCCACCAAACAAGACCUAAUUCCCAAACCACAUCAUGACAAGCAGAAACCCUGCAGAAAAUACAGAAGGAAAGUGCUGCUCACCACAAGCUCUGGAGAGUCUUUGGUUUGGAUUAAAAACAUAACCUUUGUCAUCGAUGUUGGUGUAGAGAGAAGGAAGGUGUACAAUCCUAGAAUCAGAGCAGACUCUGUUAUAACGCAGCCCAUCAGCAAAAGUCAAGCAGAGAUGCAUAAACAAAUUCUGGGCAUGUCUUCAUCAGGAAAAAUCUUCUGCUUGUAUCCUGAAGAAUUUACAUACAAAGAAAUGAAGCCACAUCUACCAGCCAAAAUACAGGAAUCAAACCUAACGAGCAUGGUGCUUUUCCUGAAGAGGAUGGAUAUAGCAGGCUUUGGACACUGUGACUUCAUAAGCAGGCCAGCUCCUGAAAGCCUGAUGCAGGCUCUGGAAGACCUCGAUUAUCUUGCAGCCCUGGAUAAUGAUGGAAACCUCUCUGAAUUGGGAAUUAUUAUGUCGGAAUUUCCUCUGGAUCCACAGCUGUCAAAGUCAAUUCUGGCUUCGUGUGAAUUCGAGUGUGUUGAUGAAAUGCUCACCAUUGCAGCCAUGGUAACAGCUCCUCAUUGCUUCUUACACGCACCUCCUGGAACAGAAGAGAUUGCUCUUACUUGCUGGCGAAAGUUCUCCCACCCUGCAGGAGAUCACUUUACUCUUAUCAAUGUCUUCAACGCCUUCAAGGAAGCCAGCACAAACUCCACAAGCCAAUACUACAGCACUGAGAAAUGGUGUCGUGAUUACUUCCUAAGCAGCUCUGCACUGAGGAUGGCAGAAAUUAUCAGAGCUGAACUAGUGGAGAUAAUGAAGCGAAUUGAACUUCCCAUUUCAGAACCGGGCUUUGGCUCCAAAGAAAAUAUACUCAACAUUAAGAAAUCUCUCUUAUCCGGUUACUUUAUGCACAUUGCUCGUGAUGUAGAUGGCUCAGGUAACUACUUAAUGUUAACACACAGACAAGUGGCCCAGCUUCAUCCUUUCUCAUCUUAUUAUAACAGCAGAAAGAUUCCUGAGUGGGUUUUAUUCCAUGAAUUUAGUAUAUCAGAAGACAAUUCCAUCCGAGUAGUCUCAGAGAUAUCGCCAGAUCUGUUCGUGGAGCUGGUACCUCAGUAUUACUUUAGCAAUCUUCCUCCCAGUGAAAGCAAGGAUAUUCUGCAGGAGGUGAUCAAUCACUUGUCACCUGCUUCAGCCAUGAAGGAGGAACAGAAAACUAAUGAUGACAAAGAAAAUGAACACUUUCCCACUCCCACUGAACAAAGAUGUAUUAUUCAGUGA